AUCGUGAUGGGUAGCUAGCUAGUCAGAGGAAAGCAAAAUCGGCCUGUGUGUCCGCUGUACAGCGUUUAUUUGAAACACCAUUUUCAUCAUCGUACUCCUGAGCGACGGUAUUCAUCCCGAUUUUGGGGGGUUGUGAAAAAUUCGCCAGUCGACCUCUGCGCAGCGGUUUCUUUUUGCUUAUUGCGGGAUAGCGUGUUUGUGCGUGCGUGCGUGCGUGUGUGUUUGUGCGUAUUCCGAACCGGUGGAUAUCUUGCUAUUCUCCCACCCACCCACCGCAAGCGUGUUUUGCAGGUGGAAGGAGCAGACGAUCGAACCAAACCCCGUCAUUCACCGUCCGUCGAAGAGCCCAACCGUUUUUUUUUCUCACGGUUGAUUGUGGUGUACGGUAUCACGUCGUAGCCAGCGAGCCUUUGCCAUCCAGCGGCGCCAUCAUCUGAAAUACACUGACCGCGCACAUGUGUGUGCGUACGUGCGUUGAUAAAGUUGGCUAUUUACGCUGUACCAGCGACGAUUGGUGAUCUCGAUCACAUCGACCGGGGAACGGCCUCCCCAGCAAAACCCACCUCUGCCUCGACCAUCGUCGGUUCGCAUCGACGGUUCCGAGGUGGCAUCAGUGUGUGGUAUAGUGGAGCGCACGCCGUCUAUAACGUCCCGGCAGCAGGUGAUCUGCACACCUACGUCGUAGAUUUGGCCAAACCAGCGGGGAGUGUUUUCGACGACUUCCGGUACGGUAAAGCAACCGGACCAGGCGAAGCACCAUGGUUGAACGCAUUAUGGAGGAGAGUUGUGACGUGAAUUCCGAUCCAACGCGCAAACCCGAUGUCGCGCGCUACAGCAGUGAGGAGGUAUCGGGCAACGAGGCACGCGUGCUGUCCGAAGCCGAACGGCAGGCCGACUUCAACCGGCACAAGGAGGAGAUGAAGCGCAAGCGGCGCCGAAAGAAACGCACCAGUUCGUCGAUGCAGUCGUCAUGUUUUCAAGAGCUGUACAAGCUGACCGGUGAAGUGCUGGGCGAGGGUGCGUACGCGUCGGUCCAGACGUGCAUCAACAUCUACACCGAGCUGGAGUACGCGGUGAAGAUCAUCGACAAAAUACCGGGACAUGCGCGCGGUCGCGUCUUCCGCGAGGUGGAAACGUUUCACCACUGCCAGGGGCAUCCGAAUAUCUUGCAGCUGUUAGAAUUUUUCGAAGAUGACGAAAAGUUUUAUCUAGUGUUCGAGAAGAUUAACGGCGGGCCACUGCUAACGCGCAUCCAGGAGAAUGUGUGCUUCUCCGAGUACGAUGCGGCCCAGAUCAUCAAGCAGAUCGCGUCCGGGUUGGAUUUUCUGCACAAGAAGGGCAUCGCCCACCGGGACCUGAAGCCGGAAAACAUUCUGUGCAUCUAUCCCGACAAGCUCUGCCCGAUCAAGAUCUGCGAUUUCGAUCUCGGCUCCGGGAUUAAGUUUACCACCAACAUCUCGUCGCCGAAUGCCACGCCGCAGCUUUUAACGCCGGUCGGUAGUGCCGAAUUUAUGGCCCCGGAAGUUGUCGAUCUGUUCGUCGGUGAGUCGAACUACUACGACAAACGUUGUGAUCUGUGGUCGCUCGGCGUGAUCGCGUACAUACUGCUGUGCGGCUAUCCGCCCUUUUCGGGCAACUGUGAGCAGGAUUGCGGUUGGAACAGGGGUGAAAACUGUCGCACCUGUCAGGAGUUGCUGUUUGAAUCGAUUCAGGAGGGACGGUACUGCUUCCCCGAUGGCGAAUGGCAGGAUGUGAGCGAGGAGGCGAAGGAUCUGAUCCGGGGACUGCUGGUGAAGGAAGCGCCGAAGCGUUUAAGUGCCACGGCCGUACUGAACCACCCGUGGAUUCGUAUCAGCGAUGAUACGGAGUGUUCGGUCAGUGGUAUAAAUACGAAGGCGAAUAAGGAGAAGCAGCGUUGCCGGGUCCUGAAAACGCCAGGUGUAAUUCGAAGGAACCAAUCUGCGCUUGAGUUGUCCCAUUUUGCUGAAUCGGCCAUGGCUGUCAAACGGGUUAUAAUGCAACACUUUUCCAUGCGCUAUGACUACAUGACGAAGGAACGCCCCAACAUCUAUCAACCGUCGUACAAUGGAGGUGUGGAGCGAGCUCCGUUGGUGAUGUCUGGCGAAACGAAACCCACACUGGUCGAGACGACCAAAAAGUCGGCAAAGUACAGCGAUGUCGAACCGACAAUGCCGCGAACGGAACAACCCCAAAUAGGAGUAUGUGAGGAAGAUGAGAAAUUAAAAGCAACAUUUGAUGAGAAGGUAACGUGGGAAAUGAUCACGAACGUAGCAGAAAUGGAAGAGCGAGAGAAGGAUAAGGAUGGUAAUAGAGAUAGCUACCAAAACGUUUCCAUCGAAUGCCAGAACGUAGCCGGAACAAAUGGUGUAGAACCUGUUGCCACUAUUGCGAACGUUGCGAACCAAACCGGUAAUGCCGAUGUUGGAGUUGCGACUACCGAAAUCGUUGUGAAUAGUACGUCUUCCGGCAUUGAUGGUGAGACCAGUUCCACCAACAACAGCACCAUCGCCAAUGGGCAAGAUGAAAGCAGCAUCGGUACCAGCGCGGUUCACUGCGAGAAACAGUCGCUACGGCAGGAGACGAGUGACGAAGAAUUGCAAAAUUCCGAUCCACCGAAAACAACCUCCGACGGCGGCGAUGAUUUGUUGCGCGAUAAGCCGGUGGACAAUAGAGAGGGACGGCCAGAGAAGGCGGUGGUGGUGACAAUAUUACCACAAACCCGAGUAUCGCCCUCAACGUCCGCAUUGUCAUCACCGGUGCAUAGUAGCGUCGUGCAUACAAAGGACAGUACUGCUGCAAGGAAGGCCAGCGGAAGUUGGGACAUUCCUCCCGAGUCGAACUGGCGGUACCGUGGAGCUAAUGCGAAUGAUCAGCAGCAACAAAGUCCGUCCACGUACGAGUACAACAGUCGCAGUCAACAGGCACACAAUUACAGACAUGCUGGUCCAGCUUUCGGGUCAAGCUACAAGGGCGGUCGCAGUGGACACUAUCAUUCGCAUCCGCAGCAGCAGCAUCAUCAUCAUCAUCAUCAUCACCAGAGCAACAAUGCGCACUAUAGCAACCACCAUCAUCACAACAACCACCACUGGCAUCCGUCGGCAGCGUCGUCCUACCGGCAGCAAAAUGGUGGCCAUCAUAAUUACCACUCCUUGUCGCAUGGUGGUGGCAGCCAUUACAACAACCAUAACCAUUACAACAACAAUGGCAACAACACUGCACGGUAUGGGCGCAUCACAAGAGGAGGUAACAGUAAUGGCGAAUCAUUUGACGCCGGUGUGGAAAUUCGGCCGAGCAUGAUAAAGCAAAGACAGUCGCAGCACUAUGCUUAUAAUCAUCAUGCUAAUUAUGGUUCUUCGCCUUCAACGUCGUCCUGGCGUGCACAACCAUCGUCGCCGUACGUUAACCGGUACAGCGAUGCGGCCUCAGAUGAGGUGGAAAACUAUCGCUACAACAACGGUAAAAACAGCAGCGGUAGCGUAAUGGUGACUGCAACACAGUCACACUACGGCAACGGCAAAAUCAGCAGCAAUCCGACUAACUUUAAUCACCAUCAGUACAAUCGUGGAGGAACCAAUAAUAAUAUUAGUAAUAAUACUAGCAACGUUAGUAGUAGCGGAAGCGGCGGUAGUCAUCAUCCGGUUCGGAUGAACAAUGGCAACAGUAGCCAUCAAAGUCAGUACCACCAUCAGCAGCAGCAACAGAACCACCAGCAUCAUCACCACGGUGCAAUGAACAACAACGGUUCUAGCAACCAUUUUUAUUCGAAUGGCACCGGUGCCGGUGGUGGUAUGGGACACUAUAAUUACGCUAAUAACCAUCAUUACGGUACCGUUAACGGUCAUGGUGGUCCGCAGCAGCAUAAAUCGUUGCCAUAUCGUGCGGUGGUGGUACAACACCAUCAUCAUCAGCAGCAGCAGCAGCAGCAGUACCAAAAUCAGCGCUAUUCUUCAGCAUCGUCCUUCGGUGGAAUGCGGCGUCCCUCGCAUGGCCUGAUCGACACGGUUGACGGUGCCGGAGGGACUGCUGGUACGAAAGGAACAGGAGCAAGACGGGGCAGCGUUGGCCAGCAGCAGCAUCCAACAGUACCAAUACAGCGUCCGUCUGUUCCGCAACAACAACAUCAGCAGCAGCAGCAGCAGCAGCAGCAGCAGAGUAGGAGUAAUGUUAACUGUGAUCCAACUAUAAAUACUAUGAAUAGAUAUAAGCUUUAUCAUUCUAACUCGACUACGAUCCUGAGCGCUCUCAAGCGAGAAACACGCAACAACGGAUACCAGUCGAUGAUGGUCGGUGGAUUCGAGGGGUUGAACCUGAACGGCGGAGGCGCAUACACUGCCGACCAGUACCAGCUGGCCGACGAAGCCGAAGAGGCAACAUUAGAGCCACCGUACCAUCUGAUACCUCACCGCAAAGAAGAGGAGCAACGGGAUGCGAUCGAUAACAUCGACGAAGCUGUUUACAGCAGCAGCUCGAGCAGCAACACCAGCAGCCACAGUGGUAACAGCAUCGUGAAUGGUAAUGUAACGACCACUACGAUGGCGGCCCUUGGUACCGGUGGGCCCGGGAUCAUUGCUGAGUUUACGAUGGCCGAUGGGCUUCCGGUUGGACUUUCGCCGCCGAACGAAAGCCUGCUAAUGCAACGUCGCCUGUCGCUUAAGUCGCGCAGCCUCUGUCUGCCAGUCGCAAUCGGUAUGAGAGGUGGCAGAACACCGUCACUGGCAGUGUCCUCAAUGAUGCCACCUUCGGGCGAUGAGUUUCCAGCUUGCUCCCAGACUCGUCAGCAGCAAGAGCAAGAAUCACCGCUGUCUUCGCCGGAGCAACUGCUGCAGGGCGAUGAGGACGCUGGGUGUUCGAUGUUUGUCACCGGUCGGCAUGAUGCAGGAGGAUACUAUACGUACUAUCCGCAUAAUGGCACAGUCGUUGUCGCCGGCGCGACACCAACGCUUACCAUUACCACACAGAGUGGUUAGGCGCAAUAUGUCCGCCAACAGUUUCGUCCCGUUUAUAAUCCUUUUUUUUUGAAUGACCCCCAUAAUGACGGUGGAAUUAGAAGAAAAUGGUAGUUUGCUUCCAUUUUGUUUGGCACCAUAAUUGCAUGGGGUGUAUUGUAGUUGAUGCAUGGGAAGAGUAUUAUUUUCUGCAUGCUUUGUUUUUAAGCAUUUUUUGGAAACUUCCUACAAAUCUUUCUAGAGGAGUUCCGAAGAAUGUGGUUUGAUCUUGUUAUUGAGAAUGUUCAACUAUAUACGUCUAUCAUGCGCCUGUUUGGCAUCCCCCCUUUUGCUUAACCGCCUGGUAGUGGUGGGGAUCGUUACGAUAGACGUAAAAUCAUUGAUGCUAGUAAGAAGUAACUAUUUACCCUGAAGAAUAGAGACCGUGUAAAGGCGCUCGUUUAGACGGCGUUGAAUGAAGUGUAUAUGACAUGAUUAAGCGAUUUAUUUUGCAACCAAGGCCAAACGGGAGAAUAAUGUAAACAGGAAGAAUUUCGUCACCUUCUUUACCUGUAUUAUGGAUACAUUUGUUUUGAUGUUAAAUAUUUGAUAUAUUUUGUUUUCUAUUCCAUCUUUUUUUUAUGUUUUACAAUUUGCAAGAAAUUCUGUGUCUUUUCAACCAAUUUGUACUUUGAACUACAAUGUCUCGAACGCUAACGUUAGCGCCUGUACUACGAUAAUGAAAUGAGAUAAUUAUUUUGAAAUUCGAGAAGUUUGAAAUACAUACGCAUGUGGACUUUUUUCUUUUUUUUUUGUUUUUGUUUUUUAGAAAAACGUUUCGUUGACAUAGGUUUUGUGAGACAGGUAGCUUAUAAUAUUCGAAAGCGCUUGCUAGACGGGGAAGGAUUUUAAGUGUUGCAUAAACCAUGUCAAAACCAACUGUAUCCGCCUGUGGAAUGAACAGCUAGUCGUACCCAGUGUAGAUGGUUAACGUUGGCAAUUAAAAGGUGGACAAACGAACACAAACAAACAGAGCUAUUGGUUGGUAAAGUGAAACCUACACUUCAAGAUUUUCCUCACUGUACAGGAGAUCUUCAACUUAACGAACUUGUGGUUACACAUGUUAGAUUUCUCGAAUCACAACACCCAAGCUGUCGAAACUACAUUUUCAAAUGUACAUCACUUAAGAGAAUAGUAUUCGUUUCGGGAAUAUCUGUCAAGGCUGUCCACAUAGCUGUUGGAAAAUUCUGUGAAUUAUUUUUGUUUUCUUUUUAUUUUGUUACCAUUGCAUUUUCCAUGGUCGAGCAGCAAUACUGUGACAUGUGGUAGCCAGGCAGGAUAGUUGAGACAAAGAAAACAUCUAUAUACAAACAUUUGUUCGCGUCACAACCAUCAUCGGCCGUGAUCUACUACUAGCCUGCUCGAGCCGAAUUGAUUGGUCAGGCCUGUGUAAGUGUAUCCCGUACAUUGGCUUUUUUAGUCGCCUUACUUUACCGACUAUACUACAUAUAACCGGUCAUGAGAGCAGUCGAUAAAAGGCACAAAACAACCACGAACCUACCUUUACCGAGCAUAAGUACGAAUACGAAUAACAACGAGAAAGAUCGAGUAAGAGAAGUUCCUCAAGAUGAAGCAGUGAAGAUGAAAAAGUACACGAAAGGAUAAAAAGUUACAGUACGAGACAGAUAAGGCCAAAUGUGUUAUGCAGUUUUAAGGCACAGGAAAACAGGAAAGAGAACGUGGCCAAACAGAAGGAACAACAGUAUGAGUACAGUGUGUGCAGUGCAAUAAUUUUCUAUCCGCAAAGGGAAAAAAGUUUUUUUUUAGUCCAGCCACUCACAUCUCAAGUCAUGUUGCAAAUGUGCAUUGUUACAAACAUGUAGAGAGCGAAAAAAGCACCCAAAUCGAAUCCCUGUGAUCCGUUGAUUAGUUUGAGGAAUAAUACUGUUGAAUUUGAAAUCGGUUUUUGGUGUGCUGCGAAAGAUUUUCUUCCCCGUGUUCUUGGGGUGCCCGCUGACCGGAUUAGGGUUAGUUAAAAUCCUGGCUUGAUGAGACCCUGACGUUUUGUGAGAUGGAUGGUAGUUUGUGAUGGCUACUUACUAUUUUCCCGGCGUGUCAGCUCUCUUACCGCGUGGUGAGAUGCUUUGGUGUAACAAACUUCUCGUCCCCUAACGAUCGUUUCAUUGGCCGAUAAUUAGCAAACGAUCAUGAUCUUACGUGCUAAACCUUGACGUUGUUGUUAGGUGCAGAGUUGUUCUGAAAUGUUACUACAUGUUUAACGUUGGCGCACUCACUCGCCAAUGUACUUGUGCGCCAUUGAGUGAGGCGCUUUUGUUUCUUGUGAAAUGUUAUGCCAUGCUAUGACGAUGGCAACAGAAAACAAGUUCAAUAAUAUUUUUAAGUGUUUAUCAUGUUUCUCACCGUGUCACAGAACUAUGAGCGGAAUGUGCUUUAAAAGGCAUUAGCUUUGGAACGACCUAAAAACUCCUAUUUAUCAUUACCAGCUUGAUGAACCUAAAAACAAAUAGCCUGCAUUUCGCAACUGCUCUUUGAACUGUUUUGUUGAAAAAACAUACAAAACCCCGUUCCUGCACACACACACACCAGCAAACACUUAGCAAUCGAUACGUUUUAAGUUAACACUUUUGCUAAUCCUCUUAUUUUGUUUCCUUCAUUUUCCAUUCUCCUUUCGCAAAAACUGCGCUUUUAGUAUUAAGAUCAACCUUGCAAAAGCCCCCCUCUCCCCCUCAUACUUUGAUCACUCAGGUGUGUGAAUGCUAUGAAAUUUAGAAUCUAAACUCAGAUCAAACAAAAACAUACAAACAAAAAAAAACACUCAAACUAUAAAAGUAACAUCGCGCGAUGUUAAACACGUGAAUAUAAGAAGCAAUAAAUGAAGACGAUUAAGAGGAAAGCGAUCGUUUUUGGUCCGUAGCGCCAUCCUCCCCCAGUGUACCGUUUGCCGGUCGCCAUUAUAGUUUGUGGAACGCUAUGGUGUGGGGUAAGAACUAUUGUGCUUUGUGUAACAAACGGAAAAUGGAAAUUACCCUACGCGUGCUUCCAAGACCCGUCGUGUGGCCGACCCCCACGCGAUGAUAAUAAUAAAAGAAAAACAUCUAGUAUAGUGAGCGAGGAAGCUAACAACACAAUUUGCUUCGCUUGUUUUGCUUCGGUUUAGUAAGCGUGUUUUGUUUGCGUUCAACAAAACCGAUAGUAAAAUGAGAAAGGAAGCAAAAAGGCGGCCAUUGCUUUAGGAAAGCGAACGGCCUGCAAAAUAAUAUAAAAAGACUGGUCUAACAAAAAGGAACUAAGAAAUUCAAACAGAACACAUAACACAGACACACAUACACAAACACAAACAGAGGCAAGAAGUAUAAAGAUGAGAAUGGCUUCUUCAUAAAUGUACGCUUGAUCGCGUAAAACAUCAAACAAACAAAAGAGAGAAGAGACAAAAACAUCUUCACCUUAAGUCGCUUUUACUUUCGCACGUCAAAAAUAUCAUUUGAAGCAUCAGAAGUAGUAGAACCAUAAUGAGUAAUACGAAAUAAUACGUAGCAAAGUUUAUAACUAGCUUAUUUGGAACGUUAGUGCAAAAAAUGCGUUAGUGUCAUUGGAAACGAAGGUAGCAAAUUACGCUGCAGCAUAAAGCAACACCAUUUGGAAGAAUAAAAAAACGAACCAAUAAAAAAGAUUAUUGGAUAACAACGAAAAAAUAUGGCAGAGUUACCCAAACAAAAAAGCAAAGAUGAGCACUGUGAAAUCAAGAGCUCAACAGUUAAGAGUGAGAAAAACAAAGCCGGUGGGUAAAUAAGAAAGAGCUCUUAAAGGAUGAGACAAAUUUAUGUACAUUGGAAGCAUUUGUGUUUUAAUGCAAUUCAAAGAAAAGAAAAAGCAAGUAAGAUUGAGUUUUAUGCCAUGUCGUUAAUAUUCAUGGGUGGUUCACAUACAGGAAGGCCAAAAACAAGAAGUGAAAACACUCACAAUGGUACAAUACACCAGUUACUGGAAAAAUGUAAGAUGCAUUGAUAAACGAUUAAGGGCAAUCGUUUGGUAGGAUUCCCUGCUCCAAGUAAUAAGCAAACACGAAACACGAAAGUAACAAAUUGGUAUAACAAAAAAAAAACAGAAAAACAAAAAAGAAAACAAAAACAACAAAAAGCAAAGAAAAAAAACUAAAAACAAAUGCAAAGGAAAAAAAUUAUAUAUUUUUAUGAAUUAUGAAACAAAACUCACAAAUAAAUACAUACACACCUCUACAUACAUACACCAGUAAAACUAAACAAAAACAUAAAAAAAAUGCGAAAAACAAAAAGGUGAUCAAUCUACAUACAAAAAAGAAACAUGAAAAAAAAAACAAGUAAACAAAGAUACAACAAAACAAACAAAAGCACUAUUUACUUAUGCUAUUAAAGAGAAAAGAAGAAGAAGAACAUGAAUAUGUCCAGGGAGUGUAAGAGGAAAAGAAAGGGGUUUGCUGCAAGUGCAACAGCACGAUGUAUUGGAAUUUGUGUUCCUCUCGCCAGUUACGGCUAAACCUUCUUUGCUUGUUGCCCAACAGUGACACAGUUUUUCUCCAUGCACCACCCCCUUCACACCACCCCCCGCACGGUGGAAUGAGGAAGUAGAUGGGGCAAAAACUACCCGAAAACAAUGUUUUUUUCCCCAUUUUUAAGAGAUACUGUUUUUGUCUGUUUUGAUUCCUUUUUAUACACAUAUAUAUAUAUACCAAUACUAAGUGAACUCUGGACUGAACUAUAAGUGUGUUAGGUGCGGCGAAGGUGAAAUGGUUGGUUUGUGGGCCAUUUGUUGAGACAGUUUCCAAUUUGCGCGCUGCAACAAUUCCCUUUUACCUGGUACUGUGUUUUGCUUGUUUUUCUUUUUAUUAAACACUUUAACCUCUAAUACUAUCAUGUUGAAAGUAGUAGAGACCAUCGUUUUACACAAACGAAGGACACAUUAUUACAGACACACACACACACACACACA